AUGGCAGAUUCGCUGAACUGGAACAAAUGGAUAACCGUCUCUGCCGGUUUGGUGGCCGCAGCGUCGCUUUACAGCGCCAUAAAAGCAUCAACUAAACUAUCGACGCUAUCACCUCCCAGAUACAACGUUGCAGAACUUAUCGGCAAUACGCCAAUGGUUAAAAUCGAGUCUCUUUCCAAAGCAACCGGAUGUGAAGUUUAUGCCAAAUUGGAACUCUCCAAUCCUGGAGGCAGCGCCAAAGAUCGAGUAGCGCUAGGUAUAGUACGAGCAGCAGAAAAUCAAGGUCUUUUAAGACCAGGAAUGCCGGAUAUCGUGUUUGAAGGCACCUCUGGGUCCACCGGGAUAUCUAUAGCGACUAUUUGCAACGCCCUGGGCUACAAGGCUCACAUUUCGUUGCCUGACGACACUUCUGCCGAAAAACUAUCGCUUUUGGAGAGUCUAGGUGCUCACAUCAACAAAGUACGACCUGCAGGGAUUGUUGACCCCGAACAAUACGUCAAUGCAGCUCAGAAGGCAUGCGAUGAUCUCAAUAACUCGCAGCAAACAGAAGUAAGAGGAGUUUUUGCAGAUCAAUUCGAAAACGACGCUAAUUGGCGUGUACAUUACAAUGGGACAGGACCUGAAAUCUACAGACAAUUGAACGGACGCAUAGAUGUUUUUGUGGCAGGCUGUGGUACGGGCGGUACCAUUGCGGGCGUUUCCAAGUUUCUGCACGAAAAACUGGGCACCAAGUUGAAAGUAGUGCUGGCAGAUCCACAAGGUUCAGGUUUCUAUAACCGCAUAAAGUUUGGGGUUAUGUACGACCGCGUCGAGCAAGAGGGCACUCGCCGAAGACAUCAGGUGGACACCAUCGUGGAAGGUAUUGGACUGAACAGGUUGACCCACAACUUCAGCCAAGGUGAGGCAUACAUCGACGACGCAGUACGAGUUACAGAUAAGCAGGCCAUUCGUAUGGCGAAAUAUCUCUCGGUUAACGAUGGCCUUUUCAUAGGCAGCAGCACGGCCAUCAAUGCUGUUGCGGUCGUCAAAGUCGCCAGAACUGUGCAGCCUGGAUCCAGAAUAGUCAUCAUAGCAUGCGAUAGUGGAACCAGACAUCUCAGUAAGUUUUGGAAGGAGGCUUUGAAAGUGGAUGCUUCUAUUAGAUUGCAAGAGGUUCUUGAUGAAAUUUGA